CACAACGCAUCGCAGGCCAGUCGCUGAGAAGUCGUUGCGGAGUGCGCACGUGUGCUAAGCAGUGGGUGUCCGCCUCUUAUCCCUUCUUUUCUUGUCUCUUUUUGGGGGUAUUUUUUGGCAUUUUUACUUUGGUGAUAUAGUUAUUAGGAAGUGAAUUGUAAGUGAGCACGUAGUGCAAAGUGUUCGGAGAGCUUAACAUUUGAACGAGUACAGCAAGCAAACGUCCGACGCACGUUUCAAACCUUCUACUAUCGUUUACCUGUGUGUGCACCUUAUGUUUAGUUUUGUGUAAAACCGCACACCCAUACGGUGAACGCAGCUAAGAUGAAUCUAUGCACCACGACAGCUCCCUCAGCAAGGUCCCAGCGAUGGUACCCGUUUGCCUGCGGACUGCUACUACUCCUUGCCCUCCUAGCACACACCACCACGGGAGCCGACCUGAAGGAGCGGGCCCGUGCCGCCCUGCUGCUGGAAAAACCGAACGGCCCCGCCAGCUGCCAGGUACAGACGCCUCAGACCUGCCCCCCGAGCAAGUUCCGCUCGGCGUCGGGCGAAUGUAACAACUUCAACCACCGGUACUGGGGUGCACGGGGUGAUCCGUUCAUCCGAUUGCUGCAACCGGAUUACGCCGACGGUCGCCUAAAGCCUCGCACAUCCGUCGGGUCGCAUGCACUGCCCACGCCCGACGUUAUCGUCAAUCAGCUGCAACGCUCGGUGGACGAGAAAGCCAUCCAUCCGCACAUCACCGCCAUGCUGCCCGCCUGGGGACAGCUGCUUGCGUACGAUCUGGUGCAAAUACUGUCACCCAACUCACGCUACCGCUGCUGCCGCAAUCAAACCGAAGAGACGGUGGAGGAUGUGGUGCAGUGCUACGUGCGGAUGGGCGAAGGCUGCCGAGAGUACAAGCGAUCAAUCCCGUCGCACGAUCCGACCAACUGCGAGUUCCACUAUCGCGAUCAGAUGAAUGCCGCUUCCGGGUUCUUGGACGGAUCGGGCCUGUACGGUACGACGGAGAAAGAAAUCCACGCGCUAAGAACGUUCCUGAACGGCAAGGUAGAUACGGCCGCGUGUCUGCGCUGUAACGAACCCGGUGCGAUCGGGGCGCUCCACACGGUGCUGCUGAAGGAGCAUAACCGCAUUGCCGAGCAGCUCGCAAAGCUCAAUGCAGAAUGGAGCGACACGACACUGUUCUACGAGACGCGCCGCAUCGUGAUGGCGCAGAUACAGCACAUCACGUACAGCGAGUUUCUGCCCAUCCUGCUGGGCAGCCAGAUUACGAACAACCCGGACCUGCGGCUGGAGAACGGUGGCUACUAUAGUGGGUACUCGAGCGCCAACCGGGCCGGUAUGUUUGCGGAGGUUGCGGUCGGUGCUGUGCCAGCCUUCCUGACGAUGCUGCCACCGGACAUGUACAACGAUUCGAUGUCGGCCGAGAUACUGCUGUCUUCUCCGGCGAUGCAGCAAACGUUCAUACCGGAUCAUGCGAGCUUCAACGAUGAGUGGACACCGAUCUCGCUGGCUAUUCAGCGUGGACGCGAUCAUGGAGUGCCGGCAUACCACAAGGCGAUCAAUCUGUGUGAGAAGCGGUUCGGUAAGCCGUUCGGGGAGAAACUCAGCUUCGACGACAUGCAGUACUUUGGGCUGGGACAGGGCAAGCGCGAGGUUCUCGAGAGCAUGUACCAAGAUCCAGAAGAUAUCGAUCUUCUCAUCGGUGGGCUGAUGGAAACGCCCGCCCUGGGCACGGUGUUCGGACCAACCCUCACCUGUCUGAUGGCGAUCCAGUUUGCGAACAUGCGUAGCAGCGAUCGGUUCUGGUACGAGAAUGAUCUUCCACCGUCCUCACUGACACUGCCCCAGCUGCAGGCGAUCCGUCGCGUGACGCUCUCCGGGCUGCUGUGCGAAACGAAGGACGUCCAGCGUGCCCAACCGAAGGCUUUCAUCCGCGAGGAUCCGUACCUGAACGCACGGCUAAGCUGUGAGCAGGUCGCUGGAUUGGAUGUGUCCGCCUGGCGCUCCGAGCAGGACGAUGUGGUGGAGGAGUACAUGCAGGAGGAGCAGCCGACGCCGCCCGAGUUUGAGGAGUUGAACAUGGACGUGAUCUCGACCGCUAUCAACAAGGCCAAAACGAAGCUGAACGAGCGCAAGCGCCAGGAGUACGAGGCGUGGGUACGACAGGGAGGCAUCGAUGCCAAGUCCCCGGACGGUACAGCCGCUUCCUUCAGCAAGGCGAACCGCAACGCACUGAUCAUCGCCAACACCUCACUAUUCUACGAGCUGGCCACCAACGAGAUCGUCAACUCACUGCAUACCCUGCGACGUCGCAAGCGUCAAGUGUUCGAUAACAAUCUCGGUGGCUUUGCGAGCGACGACUUCAGCAAUGCGCUCCAGAGCGUGGACGUCAAUCAGUUCAUUACCGGGUCGAUCUCGCCCAUCAAUCUGGAACCGCAGUGCGAAAACCUGGAAGCACCGUGCGACACCACGACACCGUUCCGCACACUCACCGCGCACUGCAACAACCUACGCAAUCCGGAACUGGGUCAAUCGCUUACCGUGUUCGCGCGACUACUGCCACCGGUGUACGAUGAUGGCAUAUCGCAGCCACGAUCACUGUCUGUCACAGGGGCACCGCUUCCCAACCCACGCUCCAUCUCCUCACUGAUCCAUCCGGACAUUUCCAACCUGCACACGCGCUACUCCCUCAUGGUGAUGCAGUACGCCCAGUUCCUCGAUCACGAUCUCACCAUGACGCCCAUCCACAAGGGUUUCCACGAGUCGAUCCCAAGCUGCCGGUCGUGCGAUUCUCCCCGCACCGUGCAUCCGGAGUGUAGUCCAUUCCCGGUGCCACCGCGUGACCAUUACUAUCCCGAGGUGAACGUCACCAGCGGUGAGCGACUGUGCUUCCCGUCGAUGCGAUCGCUGCCCGGUCAGCAGACGCUAGGUCCUCGCGAGCAGAUCAACCAGAACACGGCCUUCCUGGACGCGUCCCAGAUUUACGGCGAGAACGGCUGCAUAGCGAAGAAGCUGCGCGGGUUCUCCGGACGUCUGAACUCCACCAUCCAUCCGAUUCAGGGCAAGGAACUGCUGCCGCAGAGCCCGGUACAUCCGGAGUGUAAGUCCCCCAGCGGGUACUGCUUCAUUGCCGGUGAUGGACGUGCCUCGGAACAGCCAGGCCUGACCGCAAUCCACACGGUGUUUAUGCGCGAACACAACCGCAUCGUCGAGGGACUGCGCGGUGUCAAUCCACACUGGAACGGAGAUCAACUGUACGAACAGGCACGCCGUAUCGUGAUCGCUCAAAACCAGCACAUCACGUACAACGAAUUUCUACCCCGAAUUCUUAGCUGGAACGCGGUAAACCUGUACGGGCUGAAGCUGCUGGCACAGGGCUACUACAAGGAGUACAACCCAACCUGCAACCCAUCGAUCGUGACGGAGUUUGCGACGGCCGCCUUCCGCAUCGGCCACUCGCUGCUGCGUCCGCACAUCCCGCGCCUGAGCGUGCAGCAUCAACCGAUCGAUCCGCCGCUGCUGCUGCGCGAUGGCUUCUUCCGCACGGACAACUUCCUGCAGCCCGGACUGGUGGACGAGAUUUCGCGCGGCCUGGUCGCCACACCGAUGGAAACGCUCGACCAGUUCAUUACCGGCGAGGUGACGAACCAUCUGUUCGAGGAUCGGCGCAUACCGUUCUCGGGCUUUGAUUUGAUUGCACUCAACAUCCACCGGGGCCGCGAUCAUGGCAUGCCGUCGUACAACAACUACCGAGCGCUUUGCAAUCUGAAGCGUGCGCAAACGUGGGAAGAUCUGGGGCGGGAAAUUCCACCGGAGGUGAUUGCCCGAUUGCGCCGUAUCUAUGCGCACGUCGAUGAUAUCGAUCUGUUCCCGGGCGGCAUGUCGGAGCGACCGCUGCAGGGCGGACUGGUGGGACCGACGUUCGCCUGCAUCAUUGCGAUCCAGUUCCGGCAGCUGCGCAAGUGCGACCGGUUCUGGUACGAGAAUGAGGAUCCGGUGGUGAAGUUCACCGAGCAGCAGCUGGCUGAGAUUCGGAAGACGACGCUGGCGCGCAUCAUCUGCGAGAAUCUGGACGUGGGCGGGGACAUGCAGCGGGCGGCGUUCGAUCUUCCCAGCAACUUCCUCAAUCCACGUGUGCCGUGCAACUCCAUGCCACAAAUUGAUCUCAGCGCGUGGAGAGAGAACGUCGUCCAGGGAUGCCAGAUCGGCGGUAAGAACGUGAACGUCGGCGAGUCAGCCUUCCCGUCGCCCUGCACCAGCUGCAUCUGUACCAACGAGGGACCCCAGUGUGCCUCGCUGCGCAUUACCGACUGUGCCCAGCUGGCCCGCGAGUGGCCCCGCGAUGUGAUCCUGCGGGACGACGUGUGCAGUGCCCAGUGCGGGCUGGUACUGCAGAAUGCCGGCACUCCUCAGGGACGCAACAUCCCGAUCAGCUUGCGGCCACCUCCUCAGCGCAUUGCACGGUCGCGCAUCGUGCAGCAGCAGACCGGCUCGGCACCGUUCACGUUCCAGGGCUUCCAGUUCCCCGAUCUGUCGCAGUUUAUCGGCUAGAGGAGGUCCCGGAUGACCCAGUGGACUAAAAACACUGUCCGGUGUCCAAACACUUUUGUACAUAUUGAGCGGCCAUAAUUGAUAGUUUCCUUUCUUAUUUCCGUAUUUUUUUUUACAUAUAUUUUAUUGUGAGGAAUUCGUUCCUGGUUUCAGUACCAACCUUAUCUAUUUACCAAC